AGGAGCCAGCCCAGAGCUCCCCAGGCCCCUGUGCAGCUUUGGCCUUGUCCACUGACAUCUCGCUCCCACAGCCUUAACUGACCCCCCUGCAGUGCCCAGUACUCUAAGGCAGAGGGGGAUCCCAGAACACCAUGGAAAUGGUUCUGAUGAUUGUUCCCUUCUAGAUUGGGAUACUGACAUGGAUAAUCUGGAUGCCCUAUCAGAUGAUGGCUUGAAACCCCUGGAGGAUGCUGGAGGUCUUCCUAGAUGGAAGAACCAAGACGCAGGAGACAGCAAGUCGCUGGAGGCAGCCAAGCUUCUGGACAAGAUGCUGAGUGACCUGGAGAGACGUCGUGAGAUGAAACCAAAGGCUGUGCUGAAGACUGAGUUUCCCGGAGGAAGCAGUGGCUCCAUGGCAGCCUCUGCUGCAGGAUGGGAGGCGAUGCCAGGCACAGGCCCAGGAGAUGAGGUUGCUGGGAAGGCUUCUCCAUCAGCUUGGAUGAAUAAAGUUUUGAAGCCCUUGGAGCCUCCUGCAGAUGUGUCUACAGGGAGGACUUCUCCAGCUCCUACCUUGGAUGUUGCACUCAAGCCCAGCUCCCAUCACAGUGGUACUCCAACAGGGAAAAUCCAAGAUACAACAGAUAAGAUAUCCCUGGAACCAUCCAAACAGAUUAGGCAAGAGCUGAAGGAACCCCUGCAGACAAGAGAAGGUGGGUGCAUUUCCCUCAUGCUUCCCCUGGGACUCAGCACACAGGGGCUAUGGCUGCACAUCUGGACACACCAUGCCCGGCACAGCGGGAAGGAAUCCAUGGAAGCCUCACUGCCCCGCUGCUGCUUUCACGCCCUGCAGGGCUGUUUCCCAGCCUGGCCUGGCUGCAGCUUCUGCCCAGCCUCUGUAGGAAGGCAUUUGGCAUCAGGCGUGGGGCUUUGCUUGUGAGCCACUCAGGAGCAGGAGGUGGAGCUUCCUUGUUCCGGAGUGACCCAUUAUAGGUAAUACUGAACAGGUGUGGGGCUUUGCUUUGUGAGCCACUCAGGAGCAGGAGGUGGAGCUUCCUUGUUCCGGAGUUACCCAUUAUAGGAGACCUCUGGGGAGCGCGGCGACCCAGAGUGCGGCGAACAGGAGCAGGUAAACAGGGUCACAGCAGUUUGCGCAGCAGUUCGCGCAGGCAGGGCAAGCAGGUGGGGCUGCAGGUUCCAGCUAGCUUGGUGAAGUAUUGUUUUAUUGGUUGAUUGAUUUUGGGCUUUCUCUUAGGCAAUGGUUUUAACCCAGUCAAAAUCUGUGGUUGGUACAAGUGUACAUGAUCAAGUAGAACCCUCCAAAAAGGAUGCGUCCGUACAGACCCAUUCCUGCCCGGAGUGUUUGAGCUUAUCAGUGGCUUCAGGGGAUGUUAUGGAGAAGGCCUGCCUGAGGUGUGAAGAAGUGAAUGACCUCCUUUCGCUAGUGGCUGAGCUUAGGGAAGAAGUCGAAAGGUUAAGGAGUAUCAGGGAUAGUGAAAAGGAAAUAGACUGGUGGAGUUCAGCCCUUACAUCUUUAAGGGAGGUCCACCAGGAGUCAGAGGGCUCAUAUGUCUUUCACUCUCAGGCAAUAGAGGGGCAGCUGGUAGAUGAAGGGGAGUGGAAAUGGGUCCCUGCUCGGGGUGGUAAUAACAAAAGUCCCUCCUGCCCCCCAUCCGCUAGCCAGGUGCCACUUCAGAAUAGGUAUGAGGCACUGGAUCUAGACAGCCAGAGAGAUGAUUUAGAGGAAAAUCACCUACCCAGUGAGCCUCCCAAUUAUGACUUGCCUAAAAAAAGGAUUACCACCUCUAAUGUCAAGAAAAAAAGAAGGGUAAUCGUGGUGGGUGAUCCCCUUCUGAGGGGGACGGAGGGCCCCGUAUGUUGACCUGACCCAUCCCACAGGGAGGUCUGCUGCCUCCCUGGGGCCCAGGUACAAAACAUCACUGAGAAACUUCCUAGGCUGAUUCAGUCCUUUGAUUAUUACCCACUGCUGAUACUCCAAGCUGGCAGUGAUGAGAUUGAAAAGAGGAGUGUCAAGGUGAUUAAAAGGGAGUUUAGGGCACUGGGUCAAGUGGUUGAUAGGACAGGUGCACAGGUAGUGUUCUGCUCAGUCCCUUUGGUGGCAGAGAAAAAUAAUGAAAGGAAUAGGAAAACGUAUAUCAGUAAGAAAUGGCUCAAGGGUUGGUGUUAUCGGCAAAAUUUUGGAUUCUUUGAUCAUGGAGCAACCUUUAUGGCACCUGCUCUACUGGAAUCAGAUGGGGUACAUCUCUCUGUUAAGGGUAGGAGGUUUUUAGCUCAUGAACUGGCAGACUUUAUUGAGAGGGCUUUAAACUAGGUUUGAAGGGGGAAGGGGAUGCAACUGGGCUGUUUGGAAGCAGGCCCAAGGGUGGUAAGACUGUGUUAGGGGAGAAAGCAGCCCAGCUGAGAUGCAUGCAUACCAAUGCACGCAGCAUGGGUAACAAACAAGAAGAGCUGGAGGCCAUGGUGCAUCAGCAGGACUAUGAUGUAGUUGCCAUCACAGAAACGUGGUGGGAUGACUCACAUAGUUGGAGCACUGCACUGGAUGGCUACAAGCUCUUCAGAAAAGACAGAAAAGGGAGAAGAGGUGGAGGGGUGGCCCUUUAUAUUAGGGAGGUUUUGGAUGUCACAGGUAUUGAGACUAAGGAUGAUGCAGUUGAGUCCCUAUGGGUAAAAAUUAAGGGGAAGGCCAACAAGGCUGACAUCCUACUGGGAGUCUGCUAUCGUCCACCCAACCAGGAUGAAGAGGUGGACAACUUAUUCUAUAAACAACUGAACAAAGUCUCAGGAUCAUCAGCCCUUGUUCUUGUGGGUGACUUCAACCUACCAGACAUCUGCUGGGAACUCAAUACAGCAAAAAACCAGCAAUCUAGAAGGUUUUUAGAAUGUGUGGAGGAUAACUUUUUGUCACAACUGGUGGGCAAACCCACCAGGGGAGGGGCUAUGUUAGACCUAUUGUUUACAAAUAGAGAUGGACUGGUAGGUGAUGUGGAGGUUGUAGGCCGCUUGGGGCAUAGUGAUCAUGAAACUAUAGAAUUCUCAAUAAUUGGUGAAAUAAGGAGGAAUAUCAAUAAGAUCUCUACA